GUUGGUUGCAUGAGAUCUGAAAGCGAAAAGCAACCAAACAACAACGAUCGUGAUUUCAGCUGGAGAUUCGAGAUCAGUUUUGCACCGACCAAGGUGUUGUCAGCAACUAGGAAUUGCUCAAGUUUCAUAACAGAUUUAGGUGUUCAUUGACAGUAAUCACUAUGGCUAAGAAGGGGAAGAAAGUGCAGGCAUCAUCGGGCAAAAAAACGAAAAAGGGCGUUAUAUAUGUUGGACAUGUACCUCGGCCAUUUGUGGAGAGAGGUCUGGUGAAGUUUUUCUCUCAGUUCGGCGAGGUCACGAGAGUCAAGCUAGCUAGAAGCAAAAAGACUGGCAAUCCGAAAGGCUAUGCAUUUAUCGAGUUUAAGAGCAGUGAAGUCGCCGAGAUUGCUGCAGAUACAAUGAAUGGAUACUUGAUGUGUGGCCGUGUAUUGAAAUGUAAUGUUGUGUCAGAGGUCAAGCCAGGCUUGUUUAGAGGUUUCAAAAAUCCUUAUCACCGCAUGCCACGGCGGGCCACAGCAAUUGCUGAAUACAACAAACCCAAGACACGUGAGCAGCACGCCAAGCAGGUUAAGCGCCUCGUUGACCGGACGAAGCGGAAACGUGCCAAGCUCGCGGAACUCGGUGUAAACUACACAUUUCCAGAUGUUCAUGUACAGAAGGCCACGCGGGUCGUGUUUGAUGAAUAAAGCACGAUUCACAAUAAUUAUGCUGUGGCUUGCUUGUCUCCAUCCUCUCUGCAUGUACAAGUACUAGGAUCAAGCACAGUGGGAUCUAUUGCUCUUGAUCGUGUGAAGAUCCCUACUCUGCAUGGAUACAUGUGCAAAGUACUGGUAACCUGGACAGCUUUUGGAUGGUCGUUCGUCACACACGGAAUGGACUGUUGGUUGGUAGACUGCCAGUGCACUGUGAGUCAGCCGAUGUGGCCGGAUCGUACCGCAGUGUGUUACUGGUUUUCAACGGUGCGCUUUCCUGAUGUCGCCGACCCACUGCGAUCGUGGUACUCUUCAACGGUAGCCGGCCGUGCUGUGCUUGCUACAUGUCCUGCCCAACGGGACAAGGGCUGCGCAAAGCUCUGCUAUGGCAUAAGCCAUAACCCCGGCCUGCCAGUACCGGUACUGCUGUUGACUGUAUUCUGUACGACCUGAAAAGAUCGUACAUGUACUUGAGCGAGAGUUUAUUGCAAUUAGGAUUGCAGCACCGCACAUGAAUAUGCUAUCUGAUACUAUUAGUAUUAGAUGUUAUUCUCUAUGCUGUCUAAUCUGCAAAUGCUCCCUUGAGGCCAAGUGCAUGUAUGAAUUUGUUUCUUGUCGAUGCGACUGGUCACGUUCAUUGCACACUUCUGAGUGCCUAUCUAUCGGUUCUGCUAACACCCCUGCUCGACAUGUGGGUAGUGCUCCUUCGAUAUUUUGACUGCCAAGCUA